GGUAGGGAUGCUCAGGAAUCCUGUCCUGUACAGUCAUGAGCUUGGCCAUCUGGAAGUCUCCUCUUGCUCAAUGAAAUGGAGUAAACAUUGUCCAUUAUGAAAUCCACCACGAAGGCUGCCAGGGACAAAUGGGAUCCCACCCAAAGCCAAUCGCUGCUCUGACAAGGAAAUUGGCUAGCACUGCCUGAGACUACUCCAGCCUCCCCCGUCCCUGAUGUCACAAUUCAGAGGCUGCUGCCUGCCUAGGAGGUUGUAGAAAGCUCUGUAGGUUCUCUCUGUGUGUCCUACAGGACUCCUCGGGCCAGAUCCUUGUCUGAUGGCUUUUAUGAAAAAAUAUCUCCUCCCCAUCCUGGGGUUCUUCUUGGCCUACUACUACUAUUCUGCAAAGGAGGAAUUCAGACCAGAGAUGCUCCAAGGGAAGAAGGUGAUUGUCACAGGGGCAAGCAAAGGGAUCGGAAGAGAGAUAGCUUAUCAUCUGGCGAAGAUGGGAGCUCAUUUGGUGGUGACAGCGAGGACAAAAGAAUCUCUACAGCAGGUGGUAUCCCGCUGUCUGGAGCUGGGAGCAGCCUCAGCACACUACGUUGCAGGCACCAUGGAGGACCUGGCCUUCACAGAGCAAUUUGUUGCCAAAGCAGGAAAGCUCAUGGGGGGAUUAGACAUGAUCAUUCUCAACCACAUCACCCAAACUUACUUGGGGUUUUUUCAAAAUGAUAUUCAACAUGUGCGCAAAAUCAUGGAAGUCAACUUCCUCAGUUACGUGGCCCUGAGUGUAGCUGCGUUGCCCAUGCUGAAGCAGAGCAAUGGAAGCAUUGUUGUCGUCUCCUCGCUGGCUGGGAAAAUGGCUCAACCAUUUAUUGCUCCUUACUCUGCAAGCAAGUUUGCUCUGGAUGGGUUCUUCUCAUCUAUCAGAACAGAGUAUUUUGCGGCCAAAGUCAAUGUGUCCAUCACUCUCUGUAUCCUCGGCCUCAUAAACACAGACACAGCCAUAACGGCAGUUUCUGGGAAAUUUGAUCUAAAAGCAUCUCCAAAGGAGGACUGUGCCCUUGAGAUCAUCAAAGGUGGAGCUCUACGCCAAGAGGAAGUGUAUUUCGACCAUUCACCUUGGACAUCUGUCCUGCUGGGAAAUCCAGGAAGGAAGAUCCAGGAAUCUCUCAAUUUUAGGAAAAUUAAUGUAGACAGCAUCUUAAAAAGCAAGGGCCUCCCUUAGGGCUGGGCACUGUGAGGAAUUUUGGACUGUUCUGCCUGAUAUUAACUGAGCUUUAUCCAUGAAAACAUCUUCCCAGAGGGAUAACUAGAGUGUCCCAGAGACAUGCAAGUCACAGCUUCCAUUUCACACUUGGAAGGAGUUCCUCUAACACAUGCAGCAUGGACAUAAAAUUGUAAUAAAUGUCAUGAACCACUGCAGCCUGCAGUCCUGAAAUUGAUAUUAAACAUAGGUCUAAUUACAAGGUAGAGAUAUCAAAUUUACCUCAUAUAUAAUAAUAAUAUGAUGCAUAAGACAGUAUUAAUGAUAAUAAAGGUCUCAUAAAUUUUACAAACUUA